CGCUUUCUCCUUCUGAUUAGGAUCGGAAUGCUGCCUGCGAUAUAAAUUAAUGGAGGCGGAUUUAUAAGUUUAAAAACUUAAAAAGUUAGAGUCGUUAGGAGAAAACUAUAGACGAUUGUCAAAAUUGAAAUAAACGAUAAGCUGUCAAUAUAUAUUUAUAUUUUACGUGCGCUCGACUGUGAUUUACGAUUCGAACGAAAAACGUCCUCGCUCCGGAACAUGAUAAUACAAACAGAGGAAAGUGGAGAUAUAUAAUAACUAAUAUCUCUAUAAUAAUAAUGAAUUUUUUCGUCGACAAUAUUUUUUUUCCGCAGACACACGCGGCAAUGCGGCUACAGAGCGCAGUAUACAUUGGCUACUUUUUUUUUUUAAAUAGAAAAUAGACGAACGAAAUUCUUUACCGAGCGAGCACCGCGGCAGGAGCGCAGGUCUCGCGAGUUAGUCACUCCGAGAAUCCGCCAGGAGCUGAUCGUGACGAGAGUCGAGAGGCGCGUCCGGGAGAACUCCGAGACGAGACGUCCGAUUCACUCGCGGCCCGAUAUCGUGGCUUUCUCCAUCGUGCUCCGAUCGCGAUUGUGACUGGCGAGUCGCGGGGAAGAAGCUGGUUGCGUGCGCGGCGUGAGCAGGUUGAAAACGUGAACCGUGUGGCUGUAUUUCACGCGGUCCGUCACGUUCUCGCGAGCGCGCGGUGUGCGUGUGUGUGGACGAUGAGAGGACCGGGGACGGCGACAGGUCGGCUCUGAGGUACGAAGCGUUCAGCGUCGUCGUCGUCGUCGUCGUCGCCGCCGUCGUCGUCACGAUUGAAUCAGCCGAUCGUCGACGGGACGUUGGCGGUUGGGCGGGUGUGUCGCAUACGAGGAGGAAAACACCGAGAUUCCCCGUCGGUGGGCAACGCGCAUGCGAGAACGAGCACGCACGGUGGUGGGCCUUUUGACGGAUCCGUGACCGCUCGUGCGCUGCAAUGGCGACGGCGCCUGGCGACUCGCCUACUUUCUAAGCUCUAUCGAGGUGAGAGGCCGAUCGCGCGCGCGCGCGUGUGUUCGUUCUAUCGCCGCGUUCGGACCCACCACGGUCGGCGGCCGAUCUCGAUCGUCGACGAAAAUCCUGGAAUAAGGAACGCGUCGCGCCAGAAGAUAUAAGGGCGCCAACAGGGGGGGGUUCGCCCGUGCCUCGAUCUAAUCCGGAGCAGGACAGGACAGGACAGGACAGGACGUGGUGGCGAUGCGAUGCGGCAGGUAGUCCGCUGGCAGUGCAGCAGCCGAGCGUCGUCCCAGCGGUCCGGCCUAUCCGGAGAAUGCGCGGAACCGCCUCGCGGCCUUUCCACGCGGAUGUGAUCCUUCCGGCACGGCUCGUCGCCUCCUCCUCUUCCUCCUCCUCCUCGUCAUCAUCCCGCGAUAUUCAGCCGACGGUCCCGCCCGCCUUGCGCCUCCUCGAUCGGUCGCCCUCGGGACGACGACGCAGCUGACAGAUCUCGCAGCUCGGUCACGGCUCGAUCUUUCACGCGGGUGCCGCGCGUGUGGAUGUGGGCCCCUCUUUCCCAGCUGUAAUGAGCCGCGUGAACUGAUUGAUCGGAUUAACGUGACGCGGCACCCGUGAACGGUGCGCGUGUGACUCGUUCUUCUUGAUUUUCCAACGCCUACGGUAUCCGGGCUACGAUCCCGGCCAGCCCUAUUUGAACGGCCGUCAAACUUAAAUUCGGCGUUUACGCGAUCAGGUGUGUGACUGUGUGUCGACGCACGCAGCGUGAGGCUCGCUCGGUGGGGUGGCACGCGUUAAAUGCGAGCGAGAGGAACGAGCGCGCGUCUCGUGGACAACGGCAGCGACGCGAUUUGAGGAGGAGCCGUCGUCUCUCGACGGGUGGAGGGUCUCGUAAAUCGGAGUCGGAUUAGACCAUCCCGGCCGAAACAUGGGGAACUGCUUCAGCAGCCCGACGGACGUGGAGAAGGAGAAGCCGGACAGGAUCGGCAAUCCCAGCAUAGAGGCGGUCGCGUCGCAGGUCAGCCCGGUGCCGACGCCGCCGCCGGACCCGAUCAGGCCGAUCCCGCAGAUCCCGGACAUGGACGUCGCGACCGCCAAGAUAUUCGUCGCGCUCUACGACUACGACGCGCGCACGGACGAGGAUCUGAGCUUCAAGAAGGGUGAGCACUUGGAGAUAAUCAACGACACGCAGGGAGACUGGUGGCUGGCCAAGAGUAAAAGGACCAGGCAGGAGGGCUACAUUCCCAGCAAUUACGUCGCCAAAUUGAAGUCAAUCGAGGCGGAACCAUGGUAUUUCAGGAAGAUUAAGCGAAUCGAGGCCGAGAAAAAAUUGCUACUGCCGGAAAACGAUCAUGGCGCGUUUCUGAUAAGAGACUCCGAGAGCCGACACAAUGAUUACUCCCUUUCAGUACGUGACGGCGACACGGUCAAGCACUAUCGUAUUCGUCAAUUGGACGAGGGCGGCUUUUUCAUCGCCAGGCGAACCACGUUCCGAAAUCUGCAGGAUCUCGUGGAGCACUACAGCAAAGACGCGGACGGCCUGUGCGUUAAUCUGUGCAAGCCUUGCGUGCAGGUUGAGAAACCCGUAACGGAGGGCCUUAGUCACCGUACGCGGGACCAAUGGGAAAUCGAUCGUUCGUCGCUGAAAUUCCUGAGGAAACUCGGACAGGGCCAAUUCGGCGAGGUGUGGGAAGGCCUGUGGAACAACACCACCCCGGUGGCGAUAAAGACGCUCAAGCCCGGCACCAUGGAUCCGAAAGACUUCCUCGCUGAAGCGCAGAUUAUGAAGAAACUCCGGCACGCUAAACUAAUUCAAUUGUACGCCGUGUGCACGAUGGAGGAACCGAUCUAUAUCAUUACAGAAUUGAUGAGAAACGGCAGUUUGGAAUAUUUACAAGGGAAAGGUAGAAGCCUAAAACUGCAGCAACUGAUCGACAUGGCCGCGCAAAUAGCCGCUGGUAUGGCGUACCUAGAGUCGCAGAAUUACAUUCAUCGAGACUUGGCCGCCCGCAAUGUUCUCGUAGCAGAUGGAAAUGUCGUUAAAAUCGCGGACUUCGGCUUGGCUAGGCUCAUCAAAGAAGACGAGUACGAGGCUAGAAUAGGAGCGCGUUUCCCUAUCAAGUGGACCGCCCCCGAAGCCGCUAAUUACAGCAAAUUUAGUAUUAAAUCCGACGUAUGGUCGUUCGGUAUCCUCCUUACCGAACUGGUCACAUACGGCAGAAUACCUUAUCCAGGUAUGACGAACGCCGAGGUCCUUCAUCAGGUGGAGCAUGGCUACAGAAUGCCGAGUCCACCCACCUGUCCCGACACGCUUUAUAAUAUCAUGCUCGAGUGCUGGAACAAGGAUCCUAUGAAGAGACCGACUUUCGAGACGCUUCAGUGGAAACUCGAGGACUUCUUCACCAUGGAAGGUUCCGAGUACAAGGAAGCGUCCGCGUAUUGAACAGAGAAUAUCGAACUCUUCUUCCAUAUUGCUCCAUUAACGGAUACGAUAAUCGUGCCGUCGUCGUUACAUCGACGGCGAUCGUUAUGGUCUUCUUUGAUCUAUUUGUGACGCUAGUUUCCGGUACUUCUGGACGAGUACCGCAACUUUUAUACUCGAACGAUCAUUUUACGCGAACGAUCAAUAGAUGAUAUCUAUAUAGGUUUAACGGUAACGUUUUUUUUCUUUUCUCUCGUCCCUUUUCUUUAUGUCUCUCUCUAUAGUUUUUCUUCUUUCUUUUUUUUACGUUCUCGUCUUCGCACAUUCUGUCUGCCAUAAAUCUCGAAUAUUUGUACAUUUUUAUCUAUAUGACUUGACAUACAUUGGCAUUUUGAUAGCUUUACCAGGAGCGGCGACGAGGUUUUAGAUAUCGUUUUAGACCGCAGUAAGGAUGUUGUACACGUAGACGUUAAAUGGCCUUUGUAAAAUCGUUUGUAAGUGUCAGUUGGUGUGAGGUAGACCUCGAUCAUCAGGGUGAUAAUUCCGGGUGAUGAUGAUGGUAGUAGUAGCGAUGUAAUAUAUUCGUGUACAAUAUAUACGUUGUACUUCCUGUAUUACAAUUCUCAUUACACGCGCAUACCUCUAUGAUGUGACGGAGAGUCGGUCUCUUGAAUGAAAUCGAGCCGACAGUAACGUUAGAGACGAAACGAGACGGACCAUAAAUGCACAAUUUUAUCAUUCCUUUUUAUUUUCUUCUCGCUCGAGCGUAACACGAAUUAAUUACGACGUACUCCCGCGAGGCGGAUAUACGAAAGUCGUCGACGAAAACGAUUUCGCGCCGCGCCGCAUGUGCGUGUAUGUGUGCAAAGAGAGAUCGGAGGAUAUAUAAAUCCGGUCCGUCCAAGGCAACGCGGAAGACUGUCCUGUGGUGACUGUGUCGAACGACGUCAUAUCCUUUCGUCUAUCCCGUCUGCUUAUCUAGGAACGCGGUAAAUACUGACACAAACUGCCAGCUAACGUUUUUCUAAGGUACACUUGUUACUUAUAACGUGUAAGAUCACAUUUUGGAAGUAUACGCGUGAGAGUGUGCAUCUGUCGAAUAUCUCUACACGCAUGAGAAAUGUACGAUAUUUACUGUGGAGGCGAAAAAAAAAAUCAGUUUACCGUCGUAUCUUUUAGUACUCUGUGAAGAGAAUGUACAUCACGAAUUACGUCAUCUUCGUUAAUCAUCAUUCGGACAUGUUCAUGUUAUCGAAUUCGUCAUUUUUAUAUAUUUUUAUAUAUAUAGCGUGUCUAAUGUUUUAUUAUACUCAUUUAUCGCGACUUUUCACGUUUGUGAAUGACUCAAACUUGAGAGUAAUUAUUAUGCGUAUAAAUAAAAAAAAAUUAAGCCGAUAAUAUUAGAUUAUACUUUAUAAGUGUAUGACUCCAUAACGGUAAAUGAUGUGUAAAAUUAUAUACAUAUUUUAGCAAUAUUUUGAUCCAAUUUAAUACAUAUGCGUAAAUAUGUACGGAAUGUGCCAAAAUCAUAGCCAUUCCUUUUGUCUACUGAUUCUUCUAUGAAUUUAGAGUCGAUUUUUCCAUGAUCGAAAAAAAAAAAAUAUAUAUAUAUCGGUUUUAAACCUUCUUCUGACGUUGUUCGAUGCUUAACUCCUACGUAAAUUCCGAGGCAUUUGUUAGACUUUUUUGGUAGUGUAACUUUUUUACAAGUCAGGAAACCAGUCUGACGCCUUAACUCUGAAACUGGAGGAUCAGGUAAUUCGGUGAAAUUACAUUUCUAAUAAGCCUUAUAAAAUGGAGACAUGUGGGAUGAGAACUCAAAUCUGGGACUGAUUACGAAUUAACGUGCCCGUACACUGAGUCAUUCGCAUCACCGAAGUCGAAAAUAUAUAUCAUUGGAAAAUAUUUUCCAAACAACUUAUGCAAUCUAAUUAAAUUAAAUGUUUUAUAAUGAUACAAAGACUCUAAAUAAUUUUAUUAUUUUAGUUGAAGGACUUUUGUAGCAAGAUCGACUCUAAUUUCAUCAGACAAAAAGCCCCGGGGAUUUGAUGUACAUACAAAACAUCUUGACAUACGUACGAGUAUGUAUGUACACACAAUAUCAAUUCUCUAGCACUCAUCUUCUGUUCUGAGAUCAGAGCUGUGUUAAUAGUACCAAAUUAAUCGCAAAUUUCAAAGAAAUGCGUGCUUACGGACGGUCUCAUCAUCGGAUGAUACCUUUGUAAUACCGUUAUUUUUUAGAUUAACAAUACAUCGACCAACUUCCUUCAUAAGAUCAUUUCUUUAAAUUAAGUCUUGUUUUAUAUUUCUUUGAGAAAUUUUAAUUUAGUAAAAGAAAACAUUAUUUAUAAGAGAAAACGUGUUAAAACAAAUAAUUUUAUAUUUUAAAGCGGAAAAAUUUAUUAAAUCGUAUGCAUAAAAUCUGUUGAGGAUUAUAAGUUGUGACAAACAUUGCACUAAGAAAUAAGAUAAAAAUACUAUCAACUAUAUGUAAUAAUAAUGAAAUGUAAUGCAACGAUUACAAGCACAAAACGGAUGAAAGUUUACUGGAGCUACUGUUAAUUUUUAUCCAGACAAACUCUUUUUCUGUAAUUAGAAGGGAAAACGAUUUCUCUAUCGAAUAAUUAUGUAAUAGGAAUCUGUGGCGAGUGAAAAUAAAAAUACUUUAGAUGUAUAAGAAAUAAUUGAUAAAAUAAACGCAACAGUUUUGUUUAUGAAAA